UCUGCUCCUAUCAUUUCCCUACCUGAUUGGAAUUUACCGUUUGAAUUAAUGUGUGAUGCAUCUGAUUUUGCAGUUGGGGCAGUGUUAGGACAGAGGAAAGACAACUUAGUCCAUGUGAUAUACUAUGCUAGCAAAGAAUUCAAUAUUGAAAUCAGAGACAAGAAAGGAGUGGAGAACAAGGUAGCAGAUCACCUAUCCAGGAUUCCUCAUGAUAAAGGUGGAACACAUGAUACAAGUGUGAACGAGUUCUUCCCUGAUGAGCAGUUGAUGAUAGUUCAUAAAGCACCAUGGUUCGCAGACAUUGCCAACUUCAAGGCAACUGGGGCAUUACCUCCAGAGAUCAAUAAACAUCAAAAAAGAAAGCUCAUGAAUGAUGCAAAGUACUUUGUCUGGGAUGAGCCAUAUCUAUUCAAGAAGUGUUCAGAUGGAAUCCUUAGAAGA